GCAGUUUCUUACCUAUAAACAUAGCCUAAAGUGUCUAGACAUUGUGUAUACAUUUAAGCGCCUAUUUUAUGUGGUUGAGCACAAUAUCAUCUUAAAAGUUCUGCUAACUCGCUAUGGCCGAUUUCCAUGGCUAUUUCAACAUCUUUCUCAUCUUGCUGGUCUCCCUCAUCUUUAUGGUCGCGUUUUUCAAAUCUGCUCGUGCUAAAUCUCAUCUUCCACCGACCCCGUUUCCCCUUCCCAUCAUCGGACAUCUCCACCUCCUUGCUCCAAGCCCUCAUCAAGCUUUUCACAAGCUUUCAGUCCAACAUGGGCCAGUUUUCCGCUUCUUUUUGGGCUCCACACCUUGUGUUGUUGCUGGAUCAACAGAAACAGCUAAAGAAUUGUUUAAAACGUAUAAUGAUGCUUUCUUAGACCGACCCCAUAACUCAACCUUGGAUUACUUUACCUACGGAGGCAGGGGCUUCUUCUUUGCUCCUUAUGGAGCUUACUGGAAGUUCAUGAAGAAGAUAGUCAUAUCAGAACUCCUUAAUGGUAAAACACUCGAGUCCCUCCUUCCAAUCAGGCGUGACGAAGUGAUACGUUUAUUACAAGUUUUAUCACAAUCGGCAAAAGUUGGGAAGUCUGUGGAACUUGAAGGGGAGCUGAUCAAGAUGACAAACAAUGUGAUAUCAAGAAUGCUUAUGAGCAAGAGGUGUUCAGAAGAAGAUGAUAAGGCAGAGGACAUAAGGGAAAUAAUUACGGAGAUAGGGGAGCUUAUUGGUAAAUUUAACCUUUCGGAUCAUAUAUGGUUCUGUAAGUAUCUUGACUUGCAAAGAAUUGGAAAAAGGUCAUUAAAUAUCCGUAGAAGAUUUGAUGCCUUGAUAGAAAAUAUCAUGAGAGAGCAUGAAGAAGCAAGAAAACAGGACACUGGAGAAAUGAACGACUUGUUGAACAUUCUACUCCAUAUCUCAGAAGAUGAGACCAUGGAUAAAAAGUUGACCAGAGAGAACAUCAAAGCCUUCAUUCUUGAUGUAUUUGGUGCAGGAACAGACACGUCGGCAUUAACUACAGAAUGGGCUUUAUCUGAACUCAUUAACCAUCCAAACAUUAUGAAAAAAGCAGUAGAAGAAAUCGACCAUGUUGUGGGCAAAAACAGACUUUUACAAGAAUCGGACAUACCAAACCUUCCUUACCUCCAAGCAAUUGUCAAGGAAACGCUACGUCUUCACCCCACAGUCCCAAUGAUUCAAAGAAUAUCAACAAGAGAUUGCAUUGUCGGAGGUUAUGAUAUUCCAGCAAAGACCACUAUUUUUUUCAACGUGUGGGGCCAUGGCCGAGACCCCACUAACUGGGAAAACCCACUAGAAUUUAGGCCGGAAAGAUUUGAAGGGAGAAAGUUGGAUGUGAGAGGACAAGAUUUUCAGUUGUUGCCAUUUGGGAGUGGGAGUAGGAUGUGUCCAGGGAUAUCGCUAGGGUUGCAUGUAGUACAUGCAACCCUUGGCUCUAUGAUUCAGUGCUUUGAGUGGAAGGCUGGGAAAGAAGGGAAUCUAACUAGUGUUGAUAUGGAGGAGGGUAUCGGGAUAACACUUCCUAGAGCUAAUUCUUUGGUUUGUGUUCCUGUGGUGCGACUUCAUCUCAUCCCUUUAUCUAUGUAAUAUGUAUGUCAUUGGUCGAGUAUUAAUAACACAAAGUUGACUAUAGAUUGAUGUCAUCUUUUCAUGACUCCUAUUUUGGUCGAGCAUUACUUAACACAUGCAAGCGGAC